UCAGAGUGAGGGACGUCCCCCGUGAGCGGCUGGCAGAAGUGAGGGACGCCGAGACACAGACAAUGGCGUACGAGAGGGAUCGAGACGCAGAGGCCAAGGCACGUCUCCAAGCCCGGCUAGAGGAAAAGGAGCAGCAGCUGGUCGCACAGACCGCCAAGCUGGCCGGCAGCGAGACCGAAAGAGAAAGACUCCGGGCACUGGCGGAAGAUCGGCAAAGGAAGCUCGAUGCACUGGAGACAUCCCUGCAGGAAGAAGUGAGAAAGAGGGAUGACGCAUACGAGAGACACAUGGCUCAGCUGAUGGCGGGUGAAAGGGACAGGGCGAAGCUGAAUGCAACGUGUGAUGAGAGGCAGCGUACGAUCGAGGAGCUUGAAAGGCGACUACAGGAGGCCGAUGCGAGACACGAGUCCACCCGCGAACGGCUGGAAAAGGCGGAAAGUUCCAGAGAGAGUGUGCUUGAAGAGAUGCAAAAACAUCAAAAGGAGCAAGAGGUGGGCUUGGCACUGACUGGCACCUCAGACGAGAUGAAUGAGGGGGCCGUUUUUCCUCUUCUUGCCCAGGGGCUGAGGAGCGACAUGAUCGCUUCACACGAAAGACGAGCAAAGGAGCUGGAAACAGCAAAGGAAAAGGCGAGACAAAGCACACAUUCUUGUUUCCUUCACUGCAAACUUGCUGAUGCAUCUCGUCCUGACAGAAUUGCCAGCUGAUUGCUCACCUGCAGUCUCUCAGCGAGGCGGCCCGAUCUUAUCGCUUCGACGUCGCCUAUUCCACCGUCCCCGCCUUCAUGACCACUCUACAAACCAAACUCGACAACCUGCCCGCCACAACGCCGACACAGGAGCCAACUGAAGGAGAGUCCGGUGGAGGUGAUGGACAGAGAAUAAGGAAGCUGGCGACCUCCCUCGCUCAGUCGGGGUUCGGACAGCGGGCACCCCGGAUGAUUGAGGCGCUGCAGAAGUUGAUGGACAUACCCGCCAUGACUCCGAUGGACGGUGCUGCGACGCCGGCUGCGUGGCGGGGGGAGCAGGAUGCCGCGGAGGGGGUCGCUGAGCUGAUGAAGGACCUGCAGGUGUGUGUGGAGGGGCUGGCGGGAGAAGGCCUCAGGCUGCACACCGUCAUUGAGCAGCAACAGCAACUGUUUGAGGAGUCGCAGAAUGCGCUGAUAUCGGCUAACAGGUCAGUGUGCAUCGUCAAUGACAUCCAGAUUGGUGCAUUCAUGCAUGCGUCGGUCUCUUGUUUGUUGCAGCAAGCUGUCAGCUGAUUUGCGCAGCCUGGCCCGUCACACAUUCAAGGCGACACGGACAUUUGGGAGAGACGUAUGCAUACGAAAUAACUCUCAGACACACGCCCCCGCUCGCCUGUCUCUUGAGAACAUGUUUUCCCUUCCCGUGCGGGCCGUCCUCCCCCUCAGUGCCGACGCCUCCCCCUCCCUGCCCUCCCCAGCCAUCACCGUCGACACGCCCCCGAAACGCCCAUCGCAGGGCCGCUCGCGAGCGGCGGAGGGGCCUUUGUAUUGCCUCCCUGCCGCGGCUAACCCCAUGCCGUCAGAUCGAGAGCUUCAAUGGAUCCCUCCACUGGAACCGCCCACACGGAGCGAGAGGUGAAUAAGGGAGGGAAGAGAGCGGCGUUGACGAAAUGUAAUGUCUCUUUGCGUGGAUGAUGCCUUCAGGUUUGAUGAUGAUUCAUUAUACGUGUCGCUUCCUGUCCUAGCUACCGUACCGCUGUUGCCUCCUGAAGAGCCACACCUUCACGUCCACUGGCGGAAAAGGAUGCAGAGGAGACAUUCAAUGCGAAACGGCGGCAGAAGUGCCAAACACGCCGUCCCAAGGCCAACCAGGUCCGCGGGAAGGCAAACGAUACGAGGGACAUAGAGACAGACGACCGACACACACUGGCUCCCUGCAUUAUCGUUUCUCUCAGGAUGAUGCUUGCUCGUCAUCCGAUGUUCCGCUCCCUCACUUUUCCCAAUCCAGUCGGCCGUCAGCCUGAGCUUGUUAAGACGGACCAGCAGCACCAGCCGCCGCCUCCGAAGGAAUCGUCGCCUGGAGAUAGGAUGCGACGGGCGCUGACUGUCCCCAACAGCGAAGGUGAGUUUCUGGGUCAGCUCCAGGAGAACUUGCAGGGCCUCAACGCAUCGAUUGAGAUGGCUGAGGCCUCGAGAGACAUGGCCAGGGCUAUUUUGGAGCAGCUCAAGGCCAUAAACUGACGACACGAUACCACUGGCACGCAUUCGUGAAGUGUGUACGACAGAGGCCGAUGUGAUGCACAGAUAGGUCGUCGGAUUUGUCAGCGAGUGAGGAGGGUGAUAGAUCUGUGCAUGUUGCACGCAAGUUGUAAUUCAAAUGUUUCGACCAUACACCGGGAAAUGGGCAGUGCGAUCUGGG